AACACUGUAGCGGAUUUCUUACCAUUUUCUCUGCUGUUAAUGGAAGCCAAACCCUAGCGUCUGUCAUGCAGUUUGAACAGAGAAUAAAUCCUCAUUAAAUCACUCAAUUUAAUUCGAUUCUACCUAGUUAAGGAGUGUAGAUCUCGAAUUUGUGGUUGAUUGCGGAUGGAUUUGGUGUGCUGAGUGUGUUGGAUUAGUUGAAGCUUUGGUUCUGCGUCGAUGGAGCCUCGCGUUGGGAGCAAGUACCGAUUAGGUCGGAAAAUAGGCAGCGGAUCCUUUGGUGAGAUCUAUCUUGGAACAAAUGUUCAAACUAAUGAGGAGGUGGCAAUCAAGCUGGAAAAUGUGAAGACAAAGCAUCCUCAGUUGCUGUACGAGUCAAAACUGUACAGAAUUUUGCAGGGAGGAACCGGGAUACCAAAUGUGAGAUGGUUUGGUGUUGAAUUAGACUAUAAUGUUCUAGUUAUGGACUUGCUUGGACCCAGCCUUGAAGAUUUAUUCAAUUUUUGCAGUAGGAAAUUUUCCCUGAAGACAGUUCUCAUGCUCGCUGAUCAAAUGAUCAAUAGGGUUGAAUUUGUACAUUCAAAAUCAUUUUUACAUCGAGAUAUCAAGCCUGAUAAUUUCCUCAUGGGCUUGAGUCGUCGUGCAAACCAGGUUUAUAUCAUUGACUUUGGUCUUGCAAAGAAAUUUAGGGACAGUUCGACACACCAACACAUCCCUUAUAGGGAGAACAAAAACUUGACUGGAACAGCUCGAUAUGCCAGUAUGAAUACUCAUCUCGGAAUAGAACAAAGUAGGAGAGAUGAUUUGGAAUCGCUUGGAUUUGUAUUGAUGUAUUUCUUAAGAGGAAGCCUUCCUUGGCAGGGACUAAAAGCGGGAACUAAAAAACAGAAAUAUGAGAGGAUAAGUGAGAAAAAAGUUCAAACUUCCAUUGAGGCAUUAUGUCGGGGUUAUCCAACUGAAUUUGCAUCUUAUUUUCAUUACUGCCGCUCACUGCGAUUUGAAGACAAGCCUGAAUAUUCUUAUCUCAAGAGAAUUUUCCGUGAUCUCUUCAUUCGUGAAGGUUUCCAAUUCGACUACGUUUUCGAUUGGACCAUUUUAAAGUACCAGCAGUCUCAAAUGGCGGCUCCUCCUCCUCGCGCACUUGGUCCCAAUGCAGGGACAAGCUCGGGACUACCCCCUGCAGUUCCCAGCGGCGAACGUCUGCCGGCCUUUUUUGCCGCAGGUGAAGAAGAGGGGAUUCAAGUUGGACCUUCUUCGGCGGAUCCUUCCAGAAGAAGUUCUGUACAGCUCAUUAAUCCUGCUAGCAUAGCCAGGCAGAAAAGUCCUGCAAAUGAUUCGACUAGCAAGGAUGCUGUGCUCUCGAGCUCGACUUUCUUCGGGAGGUCAAGCGGAGCGCAAAGACGAACUGCUGUUUCCGGAAACGAUUCGGACCCGACUCGCUCCCGCACGCCCGAGACGAGUCCCGCGACGGGAAACCGAGUAUCGAGCAGCCAAAGAGCCUCCGACCCCCCGAAGCACAAUGGCCCUUCAAGUAGGAACAGUUCGAGCACCAAGAACUACGAUGCUGCCGUUAAGGGCAUCGAGAAUCUGCAUUUUGACGACGACGAAAGGUAUCAUUAAAGACGUAAUAUAUUCCUGUAAAUCGGCAUUAAUUAGUAGCGUUCGACAAACAUCGACGACGACGACGAUAACGACGCAGAAGAAUUGGUGUGGUUUGUGGUGGGUAAGGUUGGUUGUUGGUGUGGUUUGUGGGUCUUUUAAUUCCAUGUGCUAUUCCUCCUCCUCGGCCUCCUGUCUUUACAUCUUCUCUUAUUGUCUGCUUGGGAUUCGUUCAUCGUUUCUAAGUUCUAACCCACCCUUUGUUUGUUUGUUUGGUUUCUGAAUUGUAAAAUUGCCCACUCCUACUUCUUCUUACUGCUACUGCUAAUAUUGGUGUUUUUAUUUUCUUUUGAUAACAUAGAAAUUUGGGCUA